AGAAAAGAGAAAAAAGAAAAGAAAAGAAAAAGAAAAGUGUUGGGUGCGGGGGUGGACGAUACAGGAAAAAGGCUCUCUCUCUCUCUGCGUUUCACUUUUAUCUAUGUCUGUGCCUGUCUCUCACACACAUGGUUUCGACAUUUUCAUGUUAAUGAGAAAUUUCCUACUCGAUGUCCCCAUUCAAGUCCCAAUAAACACUACCUACUAAUGUGCAGCUAAUCCAAGCUCCAUGUUUUUUGCCCUUCCUAGGGUUUCUUAUUCUGGUCAUUUUUAUCUCUUCUUCUAGGGUUCCAAAACCAACAAACUGGAACGAUUUUAAAAAAAGAAGAAGAAAAAAAAAAAAGGGAUUUGGCCCUCCCGAAGCUUCUUUUCUCGUUGGCUUCAGUGGCCGUGAAAUUCAUGCGAAUCGAAGUUCAUAUAUGUCUCAGGGCUGCGUUUCGAGCGUUGGAGGUGAUUUGUUUUAUUUACUAUUCUUUUUGUUUGUUUCUGGUUUGGAUGGCGAAUAAGAUGGGAGUAAAAUGCGAGAUCUCGCUCGGAUUCGCGCUGCUUCGUGUUGGUUAUAUGAUUUGACAAGCGAAGAUCGAACUUUGGAUUUCACGGCAAAUAUAUAAUUUGCGCCGAGAAUAGCAAGAAUCGUGGUCUCAAAAAUGCAUUUCGCAAAGCUCGAUGACUCUCCUAUGUUUCGCAAGCAGAUACAAAGCUUGGAGGAAAGUGCUGAAUCAUUAAGGGAGAGAAGUUUGAAGUUUUACAAAGGAUGUCGAAAAUACACUGAAGGGCUCGGGGAGGGAUAUGAUGGGGAUAUUGCUUUUGCAAGUGCACUGGAAAAUUUUGGUGGUGGGCAUAAUGAUCCCAUUAGUUUGGCUUUUGGAGGCCCUGUUAUGACCAAAUUUACUAUUGCCUUGAGAGAAAUUGGGACAUACAAAGAAGUUCUUCGGUCCCAGGUUGAGCAUAUGCUGAAUGAAAGAUUACUUCAGUUUGCUACUAUUGAUUUGCAUGAGGUCAAGGAAGCACGGAAGCGUUUUGACAAGGCCAGUAUUGUUUAUGACCAGGCUCGUGAAAAGUUUCUGUCACUGAGGAAAGGCACAAAGAGCGAUGUAGCAACUGUUUUAGAGGAGGAGCUUCAUAAUGCAAGAUCUACAUUUGAGCAAGCUCGCUUCAAUUUGGUAACUGCACUUUCAAAUGUUGAAUCAAAAAAGAGGUUUGAAUUUUUGGAAGCAGUCAGUGGGACAAUGGAUGCACAUCUUCGUUACUUUAAACAGGGAUAUGAGUUGUUGCAUCAAAUGGAACCGUACAUUAAUCAGGUCUUGACCUAUGCACAACAGUCAAGAGAAAGGUCUAACUAUGAGCAGGCUGCUCUGUCUGAAAGGAUGCAAGAUUACAAAAGGCAGGUGGAUCGAGAGAGUAGGUGGUCUUCCAAUGGUACGAACGGAUCUCCCAACGGAGAUGGUAUACAAGCUAUUGGCAGAAGUUCGCACAAAAUGAUAGAGGCAGUUAUGCAGUCUGCUGCAAAGGGAAAGAAUUCUCAGGUUCAAACCAUUCGACAAGGUUAUCUCUCAAAGCGUUCCUCAAACUUAAGGGGUGACUGGAAAAGAAGGUUCUUUGUUCUUGAUAGUCGAGGAAUGUUGUAUUACUAUCGCAAACAGUGCAGCAAACCAUCUGGCUCUAGCAGUCAACUUUCUGGUCAGAGGAAUAGUUCUGAGCUUGGUUCUGGACUGCUGAGUCGGUGGCUUUCUUCUCAUUAUCAUGGCGGUGGAGUACAUGAUGAGAAAUCUGUCGCUCAUCACACUGUGAACCUGCUUACAUCAACUAUCAAAGUUGAUGCUGACCAGUCAGAUCUUAGGUUUUGCUUCAGGAUCAUUUCACCAACAAAGAACUACACUUUGCAGGCAGAGAGUGCCCUGGAUCAAAUGGAUUGGAUUGAAAAGAUCACGGGGGUCAUAGCUUCAUUGCUUAGUUCUCAAGCUCCUGAGAGGUGUCUGCCUGCUAGUCCGAUGGGAAGCGGUCAUCAUCGGUCUGCCAGUGAGAGUAGUUCAUUUGAAAGUUCCGACUUUGAUCACUGCACAGUUGAGGAAUAUACAUCUGAGAGGGGCCUUGCUACUGCACAUCAUGAGCGCCCAAUAAGAAGUAUGCAAGCACAACGAUCUUGUGUCAAAAGUGAGAAGCCAAUUGAUGUAUUGCGAAAAGUUUGUGGAAAUGAUAAAUGUGCUGAUUGUGGUGCCCCUGAACCUGAUUGGGCAUCAUUAAAUCUUGGUGUUCUUGUUUGUAUCGAAUGUUCUGGUGUUCACCGUAAUCUUGGGGUACACAUAUCAAAGGUAAGGUCUCUUACACUGGAUGUCAAAGUGUGGGAUCCUUCUGUUAUAAGUUUGUUUCAGUCUCUGGGAAAUACGUUUGCCAACUCAGUCUGGGAGGAACUACUGCAAUCAAGAAGUGCGUUCCAGCUUGAUCUCGUCCCUGCAGGCCUUUACAAGUCCGAUAAAUCACAGUUGAUUUUUCUCAGCAAACCUAGUCAUGCUGAUUCUAUAUCAGUGAAAGAAAAGUUCAUCCAUGCAAAGUAUGCGGAAAAGCUUUUUGUUCGCAAGCCAAAAGACAAUCAAUAUCCUCACCUAGUGGCACAACAAAUCUGGGAGGGUGUGCGUGCUAAUGACAAGAAAGCUGUAUACCGUCACAUUGUUAACUCUGAAGCUGAUGUGACUGCUGUAUACGAUCAAACAUCUUGUGUCUCCUCUUUAACCCUUGCCAAAGCAAUGCUAUUACAGGAGCAGACAAGUCACGAGCAUAAUAGCUCUAGCAGCUUAGCAGGGGAUUCAUUGGAGAGGUCCUCCACUAGCUCUACAAAUUUGGCAGGUACAAGUGAAGGCCAGAGCUUGGAGGAUCUAGAUGGGUGCACCCUGCUACACUUAGCUUGUGAAACUGCAGACAUAGGCAUGAUAGAACUCCUCCUACAGUAUGGUGCAAAUAUAAAUGCAACUGAUUCGAGAGGUCAAACGCCACUCCAUCGCUGCAUUCGCAGAUGCAGAACCACAUCUGUGAAAUUACUUCUUACAAGGGGAGCUGAUCCGCGAGCCAUAAACGGUGAAGGUAAAAACCCUUUUGAGAUAGCAGUAGAGUCAAACUUUGAUGAGAACGAAAUCCUUGCUUUAUUAGCAGACUCAAAUGGAUAAGAUUCUCUCGAACAAGAAAUUAGAGAAGGCCAAAUACAUCAAAAAGCUGGGUAGUCUAAGAGAAAGAUAUGAUGGUAUUGCAUUUGGUGUAAUUAUAUCUCAUAGAAUUACUGAGUUGACUCUCCAUUGAAGAGUAUGCCACCAUUGUUUUUUUGAGGAUUUAGAGUGGUAGGUUGGCGUGCCUGCCCCAUGGGAUUUAGUGCAAGUCAGUCCCCGGGUUUGUAAUUUAAGUCGGCGGCCUUUGGUCGGAGUCAAGAGCACUGGCGGCUUUCAGCCAAGGGCUUUGUAAUGUUAUGUAUUUUUGUUUUAUUCAGUUUGUUUGCUCCCUCUUGGGUGAAGCUGUGAUGAUUUAACUUACAAAAAAAAGGGAAGGAAAAAAAAAAAAAAAAGCAGCUAUGAAGAAUUAGUUUUAGCUAAUUGUGUAUUUGUACAUUGGUUUCUUUUAGUGAAGCUUUGUUAUGGA